AUGAACAACAGCAACAGUAAUAAUAAUAAUGCUAACAAUAGUAAACAGCAAAAUGCUACCGAACAUAAUAAUGAGACUCUUAAAAAAGAAAAAGAAAAGAAGAAGGAAGAUGAAGAAAAGCAUAUCCAGGAAAAGUUGCAUGCUCAUGCCAUGCAAAAGCUACAAAAGGAAAAUGAGAAUUUAAUUCUUAUGACUCAAAAUUAUCAGCGAAUGUUUGAGAAUACAUGUGAAUGCAGCACAAUAGCUGUUCCAUCAAAAAUACUUAAUAAUGCGAAAACUAAUUGGAUGUCUUCUGAGAAGCUCAACGAAUUAAGAAAAAAAGCUCAUGAUGCUGUAAAGAAUCACAAAGUUUUCAUACUCAAAGGAUAUUUUCAUACCGUACGAAAAGCUUUGAUGGAUCGUGGAUGGGUUGAAAAGAUUGAUGUUCAUAAAGCGAGAGGAGUUACAAACAAUUCGGGAUAUUUACUUGAGGAUUUAAUUCAAGCUCUACCACAAAGAAGACCUGGUGAAUCAAAGAAAGCUCACAUUCAGAAAUGCGAACGAAGUAUCAUGUCCCGCUUUCUUGAGCAUUCACCAAUCGACCUAUUAUGGUGUGUACGUCGUGACAAGUCAGAUUGGACUCACUUGACAAAGAAUCAAAAUAUUCUCAUCAACCGCUUCAAUAAAUCUCCAUUUACAUCGAAAGAAGGCUUGUGUUCCGCAUUAAAGGAUUUUCAUUGGUAUUAUGAAGAAGGAAAAUCGGAAGCAUAUUUUCCAAGAUGUUUUAAUGUUUUCAAUCCAGAAGAACUGACAGAGUUUGUUGAUAAUUUCCGUACCACAGCUUGUAUAAGUCUAUUGAGAUGGCUUGCUGAGCAGCAUGAAGAAAAAGGCUCAUUUUAUUUAAUAUCUGAAGAAGGUCGAGUCUCAACAAAUUGCAUACAGUUUGCGAUAAACAGAUGCAAAGAUUUCAUAGAUUAUUGUGUCCACAAUGACAUUGAUGUUGAAGGAGAAGUGAAAAUUUGGGAGCAUGAUUGGGAUGUCUUCCUGACUCAUCAUUAUCUCCUUACUCACGAAAAUUUAAAAUUUCAAAUGAUUGAGGAUCCUUAUGCCUCACUUGAUGCCUACGUGGAUCAAGCAAAACGAAUACUUGAAAAAGUCAAAGUACUUUGGCCUCAAUCGUCAAUUGACGGCACGCUAAAUAUUUGGAUUAUAAAACCCGGAAAUAAAUGUCGGGGCAGAGGAAUCAUGCUAAUGAAUAACAUAAAGCAAAUCAUUCAAACAGUAAAUCCACCAAUUUGUGCAUCAAAAACGCGAUACGUCGUUCAAAAAUAUAUCGAACGACCUUUGAUAAUUCAUAAAACAAAGUUCGAUAUACGACAAUGGUUCUUGAUAACGUCAGUUCAGCCAUUGAUUAUUUGGUUCUAUAAGGAAAGCUAUUUACGAUUCAGCUCUCAACAAUUCAAUUUGCAAAAUUAUCAUGAAUCAGUUCAUUUGACAAAUCACGCAAUCCAGAAGAAAUAUGCAAAUGGAAUUAGGGAUGAACGACUACCCGUUGAAAAUAUGUGGGAUUGUCACACAUUUCAAGCUUAUUUAAAGCAAAUUGGAAAGUACGAAAUGUGGAGUGAGAGAAUUUAUCCUGGAAUGCAGCGUGCAAUUAUUGGAACUAUGCUUGCCUGUCAGGAUAAUAUGGAUAGACGACCGAAUACUUUUGAGCUUUACGGAGCUGACUUUAUGAUUUCUGAAGACUUUUAUCCGUGGUUGAUUGAGAUUAAUGCUUCACCUGAUUUGGCACCUAGCACAAGUGUUACUGCACGUUUAUGUCCUCAAGCUGUUGAGGAUACUAUUAAAGUUGUUAUUGAUAGAAAAAUUGAUCAAAAUGCAGAUACUGGAUUUUUUGACAUGAUUUACAAGCAAGUGAUUCCGAAAACACCAGCUUAUAUGGAUCGUGAGCGAGAAAUGAUUCGACGGAAAAUUCGUUCAUCAACGCUUUACAGGAAGCCAAGCUUCAGUAAAUCAGCAUUCAACAUUUACAACGUAAACGGUGAAGUUACAAAAGUUUCAUGCAUAACAAAAAACUUAAAAAUCAAUGAGUACAAGGAUGAGCCAAUAAGAAAAGUCAAAUCACCAUUACUCGUGAAUGAUGAGCAGGAAGAUGAAUGCACGAAUGAGGAAAAGUCAAUUUUAUGUAUCGGUAGCAAGCAUCUUGACCUGACAUCAAACUUAAUGCCACCUCCAUUGAUAAAAUCUGUAUCCACAUCGACGAUCAACUUGAAUUCACAAGAUGAGAAGCCAAUCCAACAAGAGGCUGAUUUUGAGCGAGCUAUAUCACAGUCACAUCUAUCUCCAUCUUCACCAUCGAUAAUGAUUAAUGGAAAUCACAUGUCGUCCAGCAAAAAGACGCUAAGUGAAAAUAGUAUACAAGAAAACUUAAAGAAACAUAAAACUGAUAUUUUACAUUCAGACAACGACAAAACUUCUGAAAACGAAGAAGACGAACUUAACGAGAACAAACGUAAAAAUCACAAUAAUAAUAACAUUAUUAAAACUAUUAACCAUAAUGAUACAAGUAAAAUUUUCAAAAAGAGUGCACAAACUAUUUAUUGUGGUGCUGUUGGACAUAAUGUCGGAAAAUAUAGUGAUGCUCAAAAGACAGAAGUUGUUCUUGACGACUUAUCCAAUAGCAUUGUAGAACAAUCUAAUAAUAUUACAAUUAAAUAUGAUCUAAUUAAUAAUAAUAAAAUUUCACACAAUUCCACCAAUGCAGUCUCAUCAAAUGCAACUAGUACGAAUAAGACUGUAAAGAAAAGUGCCUCAUCUAUGACACGAAAAAAGUCUAAACGAUCAGACGUAGUAAAAUGUGAAUCUGUAAAAUCAUCAACGACGAGAAAACCGGAAAGUUCACAAAUGACUUGA